GUGCAGAGACACGAGUGGCGCUGGUGGACGUUCGGGGCAUCACGAAGGACGAGGCAGUGGCAGCAGAGCCCAAAGAUGCGGUCUUGGCUUCGCUGAAGUCAAUGGAUCACCAGUUCGAGCAAGACCGCGAGGCCAUGGAGAAGGACAUCCGAGCUCACCGGAAAGCUGCUUACGAUGACGGCCGCGGCUCGGAACUGCCGAGCGAGGAGAGAGUGCCAACGCCGGCAGAGAUCGCCCACCAGCUGAUGCAGGCUGGUGACUACGGGAACGGUCCACCCUACCCCAUCGAAGGCGCACCUGCCCCACCAUGGAGACGACAGGGUGUCGAAGGCACUGACAAUGUCACCGUUCAAACGGAUCACACAGUGCUCGGCAAAGGAAGAAGCACCGAGCUUAUCCGCUGUUUCGACGGUGAGGGAGUUGAGCAGCAAUGUGGACAAUUGUACAAAACGGAUGUAAAUGCUGUGAAGGAGGAGGAUGACAAUCUGCUGUCGGGAUUGGGCUAUGGUGGACCGCUGACCAGUGGCCGGACAGCGUGCACUCUGCAAAGUGCAGUGGCCUUGCUGAGGCUGCUCCCAGGCAGCGCUGGCGAGCUUUCCUGCAUCCCAGCGCUGCGACAAUCGCGCGAGGAGACGAAGGCUGCUAAAGCCGAGUUCCACGAGUACAAGGUCCGGCAGCAGAUCAAGCGCCAGGUCGUGCUGUACUUCAGCUCGUUGCAGUAUAAGGCAUCAAGACCGACAUGGCCUAUGAAAACAGCGACAAGUAGCGUCAUGCCGUCAUUGCUGCUGCAAGGCUCUAACGGGAUGUCGCAGAUUCUGAUCGCUUUUCACGGAAGUAUAUUCAGAAGUUGUCUCUGGAGUCUUCCGAUGGCGUCCGUUCAGCCAGCUACAGCUGCAUACGUCCAGAAUCUUUUGGAGAGAGUGAUCUCUGGACGCCAGGCUGCUGAAGAAGCUGCACAUCAAUAUGUGAAUGGUCUCAUGCGGAAGGCCUUUGCUGCGGCGGCCAUCGACAGUACGGCGCGAGAUGUCGCAGCGCUGUGUGCCCGUGAAGCAGUGAAGGGCUUUGUGGAGAAGGCCAAGGCCCAAGAACCUCAGCAGGCAUCCUCAGGUGAGCAUGAACGCGAAGUUGCAGCUGCAUGUGCUCGAGUGGUUGUUGCUCGCUACGUGGAGAAGGCAUCUCUGGAGGUCAAUGUGGCGAAGCUGGCUCAAUCUCAAGGACCUGGACGAGAGGAAGCUGCUGCUUGUGCUAGGGCAGCCGUGGCCAGCUGGACAGCCAAGGCUUCCGAGGCUGCCAGAAGGGAAGGCCCGGAGGGAAAGGUGGCUGCGGCGUGUGCUCGUGUGGCAGUCGCCCGGUACGUCGAAAAGGCGAAGGAAGCGGUUCGGCAAGGCGAAAGUCAGGAAAAGGCGGAACGGGAUCGAGUGCCCGAGUUUGUGAAGCGACACGAGGGUAAGGCUUUUGAGGAAGCGCUCGCUCAAGGUGAUGAGCGCCAGGUUGCUGCUCUUUGUGCACGCUACGCGGUGAAACAGUUCGUGGCGCAGGCCUCUGAUGCAGUUCGUCAGCAAGGCACGCAGGCGUCUGUCCGGAGCACCGUCGAGAAGGUUCAUUCAUCUGUGGUGAAAGCGGCAAACCACCUUGCUGCGGCUGCCCAGGCGACCGUCGAGAACCUCGAAGGCUUGGUUUCCGACUGCGAAGAUCCUGCGAAUGCAAAUUCUGAAGAAGGAGUCGAGUCGCCGCGUGGCACAAGAAGUCCGAUGAAGCCCGACGGUGUUGCCCCGAAGAAGAAGCGGCCAGCUCCGAAGUUGAAGGGGGCGGGCCCAAGUCACCUCCCUCUGGCGCAGCUGGAGCCUUGGACAGCGCCACCCUCUCCCCAGACCUUGCUGGCAGAACUGGCCCUGCCGCCGCCAAAGAAGGAGAAGGCUCAGGCCAAGCUCCGGCCCUACGAUGUUGAGGAGGAGCGAAAGCGAGAUGUGGAGCUGCUACAGCAAAGGCAUCAAGAAAACCUUCAGCGCCAGAGGCAGGUGCAGCAGGAACUGCGGACCCAGCACCAGCAAAGCUUCGUGCGGGAUGUCAGCGGCCAGAUCAGCCUGGCUCCACAAGGAUCAUCGCGAGAUUGGUGUCCACGUUUCACUGCCGAACCACAACCGCCAAAGCCCAAGAAAGGCCGUGCAGGUGUGCGAGCCAGCUCCUCCCGUCGUAGCCGGUUCAAGCCGAGCGAGGCAGAGACCACGUGCAUGCUUUCUGACUCUGACUGGGCCUUCUCCAAGGAUGCCGUGGCUCUUCCGGAGAACCUGCUAGCUGCCAUGGCUGAGAUGGAGGCAGAUGAGCCACGAUCUGUCGUUGACGAUCCAGUAUUGCGUGCAUAUCUCGCUGUCUACAAAUCGACAGUGUGUAAGCGCGGAGGAGAAGACGAUGACACACGAGGAGCUCUCGACCUCGCUUUCCCCGAGGGACAGAGUCCGUGUGGGUCACGAGAUGGCAGCAAAAGGCGAGCAAAGAGUGCAGCAAGCAGGUUGUCGAAGGCUAAGGGAGCCGCCUGGCUCCAGCCCGGCCUCAUGUCUUGGCAAGACCGAGGGAAGGCCUGGUUCUGGCCGCGCAAGGGAGCUGUGCCACCAAUGGAGACAGCCGUGCUUGCCCUGUUGAAUGGCCAGCCUCCUCCCAUCGAAGCUACAGCUCAGGCUGCCGCUGCAGCACGACAGCAAUUUGCCUUGUGUCAUGGCAGCAUUCUUGUGGCCCAUGCUGCAGAAAGUGCAGCAGGUCUGUUCAUGGGCGCCUCGUGCCGAUGCCAGGACGUGAAGCUCUUCACCCGGACGUCGCAAUCCUUCUGCCAACGUCUAGCACAGGGAGACCUUGCCAAGCUCGACAGAGUUUGGUUGAACGAGUACUUGGUGCGUACCAUCAACAACCAGUCCUAUGCAAUCCGGCAGAAGACGAAGGAUGACAUACUUGUCUCGUGGAGAUACCAUUGCGAACGUUCUCGGGCAGUUGAGCUCGAAGGCCGGAAUCAUGUUCUGGUCACACGGGUCAACGACCUGGAGGCGAAGAUGGUGGCGACCCAGGAAGACUUGGAGGAAGCGGCUCGGCAGUGGGAGGAGCAGCGCAGUGCUCUGGAAGCUGACCGGGAUGAGUAUAAGCGCCUCUACGAGAAGUUCCUGGCAGCCCACGAGCGUGCGAUGGCGGAGCUGGAGGAGUCGCAGGGCACGGCCGAGGACCAGGCGAAAAAAGGAGGGGUCCUGACUCUAGAGAAGCAUCGCCUCACGGACAAGGUGGAGGAGCUGGAAGACGACAAGAAACGAAUGUCCAAGCAGCUGGCAGAACUGCGGGACGAGGUGGCCAAGCUGAAAGCAGAGCUGCGGAGGCUGGGUGCUCAGCUUCGUGACGGUGAGGUGGCUCUGCUCUUGGCCCGCUCGGAUGCGCAGCAGCUCCGGGCAGACGCGAGGAGUCUGGAGGAUGUGGUCCCCCUCGAGAGUGAUGGGCCAGCAAGGCCCUCUCAGCGGCGACUUCUCCAGGAAAGCGGUCGUCGAGAGGCAGAGUUGCUGGAUCUGCUGCUGGUUUCAGAGACUCUGGCCGAUGCACGGCUGAAGCGCCUGCUUGAGCUUGAGGGCCCUGGAAAUGAGCCUGAUGCAGAGGAGGAGCCAGGUAUGAAGCCAGCUUCGGAAAUAGGUGUUCUGCCAGCAGAGCGGCGAUUGCGCAGACAUGUCGAGAAAGAGCGAGAUGAACUUCUUGCCUUUGCCAGAGAUCUGGACACAGAGCUGGUGAAGGUUAAGACGGAAUGCUACCACACCGUUCGGGAGAUCAAGCAGAAGUGUGCACAGGAGCUCGAGGACUUCAAGACCACAGAGCUUGCCAAAGUAAAAGCCGACUUCCAGGCGAAGAUCGACGAAAUCACUCGUCAGCGUGACAUGCUCCAGAAGGAAGUUGAGUUGGGGGAGUCCGUCGCGCCGCACUUGCCGACGCUGAACCCUCUGGUCUCGCAGGACCCUUCCAGAAUUUGCGGUGUUUGUCGACGCACAAUCGUUUUUGAAGGUCUGUGCAUUGGGAAUGUGUGCGGCAUGUCUUUGGUCAAGAAAGGAUUGCCGGCCAUGCUGAAGGGUGGUGUGAUCAUGGACGUCAUGAACAAGGAGCAGGCAAAGAUAGCAGAAGAAGCAGGAGCUUGUGCCGUCAUGGCUUUGGAACGCAUCCCAGCAGACAUCCGCCAGAGCAAGGGCGUUGCCCGCAUGUCGGAUCCGAAGAUGAUCAAGGAAAUCGUCAACUCCGUGUCUAUCCCUGCCGGGCACUCAUUGCGCAAGCUGCAGCAGGUGAUGGCCAAAUGCAGGAUCGGCCACUUUGUGGAAUCCCAGGUCCUGCAGCAAAUUGGUGUCGAUUGCAUUGACGAGAGCGAAGUCCUCACUGUCGCCGACGAG